GUUUUCCUUCCCAGCCUGGCUUGGCUGCAUUGGAAUCAAUUACUUCAUUAAAAGUCCCUGGAUCUAAUGAAGAAAAGCUGCCUCAGUUACCAAGUCACACAAAAGAAGUAUUAAGGAUUGCCCCUUGAGACUCUGAAGACUGAAGAGUGCCUGAUAAAUUGCAUGUCUGUCUGUGCCCCAUAGCUGCACAGACUGCCUGAAGUUACGUUUAGAGACUGAAAUCACUGCACCUUAAAAACAAAAGAUUGAGCUGCACUGCAUUCCUAAUGGUCCGCCAUCACUAACUGGAUAUUCAUCACAACUUUGCUGUCGGCAGUGGCUGACGCUUUUCCUCCACGCUUUGAGGGGAAGAGAAUUGGCUGGAAUAAAACCUUGCCUUCCACAUGGUCGACUUGAAAUACGGCAUUGAAAAGUUCCGUGACCAUCAGUCUGUGGCCUGCCCCUUCUCUUUAUAUGCAAUCGCUCUCUGUUCCCUGCCCCAAUGAACAUCUGCACUAGGCCCAAGCCUUGGAGUGAUUUACCUGAAGAGUGACACCAUUUAUUUGGAAACUACUAUGAGGAAACUGAAGCCCAGAGAGGUGAAGUGAGGUGCCCAAGGCCACACAGCAAGUUAGAGGCACAGCUAGUACCAUAGCUCAAGUCUCCUGACUCCCAGUCCAGUGCUCCUCCCAUUACUCCACGGGUCCUGUCUCUAAGCUUCCUGACAAAUGCUAGAACGGAAGAAACCCAAGACAGCUGAAAACCAGAAGGCAUCUGAGGAGAAUGAGAUUACUCAGCCGGGUGGAUCCAGCGCCAAGCCGGGCCUUCCCUGCCUGAACUUUGAAGCUGUUUUGUCUCCAGACCCAGCCCUCAUCCACUCAACACAUUCACUGACAAACUCUCACGCUCACACCGGGUCAUCUGAUUGUGACAUCAGUUGCAAGGGGAUGACCGAGCGCAUUCACAGCAUCAACCUUCACAACUUCAGCAAUUCCGUGCUCGAGACCCUCAACGAGCAGCGCAACCGUGGCCACUUCUGUGACGUGACGGUGCGCAUCCACGGGAGCAUGCUGCGCGCACACCGCUGCGUGCUGGCAGCCGGCAGCCCCUUCUUCCAAGACAAGCUGCUGCUGGGCUACAGCGACAUCGAGAUCCCGUCCGUGGUGUCGGUGCAGUCGGUGCAAAAGCUCAUUGACUUUAUGUACAGCGGCGUGCUGCGCGUCUCGCAGUCGGAAGCCCUGCAGAUCCUCACGGCCGCCAGCAUCCUGCAGAUCAAAACAGUCAUCGAUGAGUGCACGCGCAUCGUGUCGCAGAACGUGGGCGAUGUGUUCCCGGGGAUCCAGGACUCAGGCCAGGACACGCCACGGGGCACCCCCGAGUCAGGCACAUCGGGCCAGAGCAGCGACACCGAGUCGGGCUACCUACAGAGCCACCCGCAGCACAGCGUGGACAGGAUCUACUCGGCGCUCUACGCAUGCUCCAUGCAGAACGGCAGCGGGGAGCGCUCCUUCUACAGCGGUGCGGUGGUCAGCCACCAUGAGACUGCGCUCGGCCUGCCGCGUGACCACCACAUGGAAGACCCCAGCUGGAUCACGCGCAUCCACGAGCGCUCUCAGCAGAUGGAGCGCUACCUGUCCACCACCCCCGAAACCACACACUGCCGCAAGCAGCCCCGGCCCGUGCGCAUCCAGACCCUGGUGGGCAACAUCCACAUUAAGCAGGAGAUGGAGGACGAUUACGACUACUAUGGGCAGCAAAGGGUGCAGAUCCUGGAGCGCAACGAAUCCGAGGAGUGCACGGAAGACACCGACCAAGCAGAGGGCACUGAGAGUGAGCCCAAGGGCGAAAGCUUCGACUCGGGCGUCAGUUCCUCCAUAGGCACCGAGCCUGACUCGGUGGAGCAGCAGUUCGGGCCCGGGGCGGCGCGGGAUGGCCAGGCCGAACCUGCCCAAGCCGAGCAGGCCACGGAAGCUCCUGCCGAGGGUGGCCCACAGCCGCACCAGCUAGAGACAGGUGCCUCCUCCCCGGAAAGAAGCAACGAGGUGGAGAUGGACAACACGGUCAUCACUGUCAGCAACAGCUCCGACAAGAGCGUCCUGCAGCAGCCUUCGGUCAACACGUCCAUCGGGCAGCCAUUGCCAAGUACCCAGCUCUACUUACGCCAGACAGAAACCCUCACCAGCAACUUGAGGAUGCCUCUGACCUUGACCAGCAACACACAGGUCAUUGGCACAGCCGGCAACACCUACCUGCCGGCCCUCUUCACUACCCAGCCCGCGGGCAGUGGCCCCAAGCCUUUCCUCUUCAGCCUGCCACAGCCCCUGGCAGGCCAGCAGACCCAGUUUGUGACAGUGUCCCAGCCUGGCCUGUCGACCUUUACUGCACAGCUGCCAGCGCCACAGCCCCUGGCCCCAACCGCAGGCCACAGCACAGCCAGUGGGCAGGGCGAAAAAAAGCCUUACGAGUGCACUCUCUGCAACAAGACUUUCACCGCCAAACAGAACUACGUCAAGCACAUGUUCGUACACACAGGUGAGAAGCCCCACCAAUGCAGCAUCUGUUGGCGCUCCUUCUCCUUAAAAGAUUACCUUAUCAAGCACAUGGUGACACACACAGGAGUGAGGGCGUACCAGUGUAGUAUCUGCAACAAGCGCUUCACCCAGAAGAGCUCUCUCAACGUGCACAUGCGCCUCCACCGUGGGGAGAAGUCCUACGAGUGCUACAUCUGCAAAAAGAAGUUCUCCCACAAGACCCUCCUGGAGCGGCACGUGGCCCUGCACAGUGCCAGCAACGGGACCCCUCCCGCGGGUACACCCCCAGGUGCCCGCACUGGCCCCCCAGGGGUGGUGGCCUGCACGGAGGGGACCACUUACGUCUGUUCCGUCUGUCCAGCAAAGUUUGACCAAAUCGAGCAGUUCAACGACCACAUGAGGAUGCAUGUGUCUGACGGAUAA